AUGGCCGGGUUUUUCAACAAGAUAAAGGGUUCUGGCACUGCCACAACCACUACACCCAGCAAGCAAGAUGCUGUCGCAAAGAAGAAAGAGGAGCCUGUCCUCGACCUCACGCCGCUCGAGAAAAUGCUCCAGAACGCUGGUUCUCUCCGAGAUGACGGCACCGAUCGCUUCUUCGGCCUUGAGAAUGCUCUCUUCUACUCCGAGUCAUUUCGAAACAAUGUUGUCAACUACCCCCCCAUCUCGCCCGCCGAGACGAACGGUAGCCGACCCAAAGUUCCUAUCACCAUCAGGCCUCCGCCCACCGACCCCGUGGAGAACGCACCCAAGCAAAAGGGUCUCAGCACUUCCCAAGUAAUCAAGCAAAGACAAAAUUCAAGUCAUCAAUUGCCAGGGCAGGUAGGCGUUCGACCCGAAGAUAAACCUGAUACGCCCGAAUACAAGAAGAAACAAGCCAUGAUCAAGGGGCCUAUCCUCGAGUUGGCGCGAGAGAAUGCCACGUCCUAUGGUAUGGACGAGUGCACCUUUACAGGGCUCAAGGACAUCUUUUUGGCAUUACUUGAAAGCAAUACUCAUACUGGAGUCCUCAGUCCUCAGCGAUUUCUGGAGAUAUUCAAGCGCGACAACGAGAUGUUUAGGAAUUCUAUGCAUCAAGAUGCUCACGAGUUCUACGGUCUUGUGCUGAAUGAUGUCAUAAACUCGGUUGAAAGUGCAGCUCGUCAGAUGAAAUUACAAGCACCAACUAAUGGUACCGACGGGCUAGCCACCUCAGUUGAGCAUGUCCUCGGAUCGGCCAUGGCGAACCAUGUGGCUGGUGCAAGCUCGCCGGCGACUGGAUGGGUUCAUGACAUUUUCGAAGGCGUUCUAACAUCAGAAACCAAGUGUUUAACUUGUGAAACUGCUUCUCAGCGUGAUGAGACAUUUCUUGAUCUGUCCAUCGAUCUGGAGGAGCAUUCUUCCGUGACAUCCUGCCUGCGCAAGUUUUCGGCCGAGGAGAUGCUCUGCGAGAGGAAUAAGUUCCACUGCGACCACUGUGGAGGUCUUCAAGAAGCUGAGAAGAGAAUGAAGGUGAAGCGAUUACCCAAAAUCCUGACACUCCACUUGAAGAGAUUCAAGUACACAGAAGACUACAGCCGUUUGCAAAAGCUUUUCCACAGGGUCGUGUAUCCCUACCAUCUACGCAUGUUCAACACGACGGACAAUGCCGAAGAUCCGGAUCGACUAUAUGAGCUGUAUGCAGUGGUGGUUCAUAUUGGCGGAAACGCCUAUCAUGGUCACUAUGUGUCUAUAAUCAAGGUUCCAGGUCGGGGAUGGAUCUUAUUCGACGAUGAAAUGGUUGAACCAGUGGAUAAAAAUUUCGUCCGCAACUUUUUCGGUGACAAGCCCGGAAUGGCCACCGCAUACGUGCUGUUUUACCAGGAAACAACGUUCGAGAAAGUGCGAGAGGAGCAGGAGAAGGAGGGUAUGGAGGAGGUGAAACUCGCCAGCGAGGCGGCCAACCUAGCCCAGGAGAACGGGGAUAAACUCGAUACUUCGCCAUUGAAGCGACAAGCGACGCAGCCCAUGUCACCCCUGGCGCAUCAUGAAUCGAUGGCAAACCUUGCUCAUGCGAGAACGGCGCCGGCUAUGCCUUCUGCUCCCCCACCUGAUGUUUCACCUCCUCCUACUGCUACAACUAAUGGUUUGUCCCGUGUCCAGACUCAGAAGGAAGAAGUCAAAUCCAAGGAAGACAAGAAGCGGGAGAAGAAAGAGCGCGAGGCGGCCGAGAAGGCCGAGAAGCUUGCAGAAAAGGAGCGAGAGAAACAAGCCAAGCUUGACGACAAGAAACGAAGAGAAGAUAAUCUUAAGGCGAUGCAGCAAACACGGAGAAACGAAAACGACGAGCUAGCCAAGGUUCUCGAGGCCAGCAAAAAGUCUGCUGCACAAGAAGAUGAAGCAAGAAAGAAGGAGAACGGAACACCCCAGAGCAAUGGGAUUCUCGACCGGACCAAGAGGGGCAGCAAGUCCAUGUCGCGGAAGAGUUUCUCACUUUUCCACAAGGACAAAUCGGGCGCGCAGGCUCCAGACACCCCUAACGGCGAUUCGAGCGAGAAGCACGAUAAACUCAAAGAUCGUCUCAGCUUCAGCCUGGGCCGCAAAAAGAGCACAAACUUGCUUUCAUAA